CCACAACCUCGAGGCAAGGACUCCCGGAGUCAGGUCUUGGGGAGCGCAUUACAUAGCACCAGUGCCACCAUGGCCAAAGAGCCAAUAAUCCACAACGUCUUUGAAUCUGCUACUGGGACCUGGCAAUAUGUAGUUGUUGACCCCGCCACAUGUGCAUCGGUGAUUAUUGAUCCAGUCUUGGACUACGAUCCCGCUACUCAAGCCAUCACAACCCAUUCCGCCGACGCUUUGCUCGCGCUCGUGAAAGAACAAGGCUAUCGGGUCGACAGAAUUCUAGAGACACAUGCCCACGCUGACCAUUUGACCGCAUCAUCAUAUUUGCAGAAGCAGUUUGCCCAGAUUCAGGGCCAUAAGCCGCCGAUUGGCAUUGGCAAGCGCAUCGAGCAAGUGCAGAAGCUCUUCGGCCAACGAUACGGACUCGCCAAGAACGAAUACCUCGGUGUCUUCGACCAGCUGUUCGAGGAUGACGAGACUUUCACUGUGGGUGAAAUGACUGUCACAGCCAUCCAUCUGCCUGGGCACACGCCUGACCACCUAGGAUAUCAGAUCGGGGACAACAUCUUCUGCGGUGACUCCCUCUUCCACGCAGACAUCGGCACCGCUCGCUGCGACUUCCCCGGUGGCGAUGCGCAUAACCUCUUUCAAUCUGGUCGCAAAUUGCUCGACCGCCCCGACCAUAUCAAGAUCUGGCCCGGCCACGACUACCCUCCUGAAGGCCGAACUCCGAUUGCAUGGAUGAGUGUCGGUGAUCAUCGCACGCAAAAUAAGCACCUCCGCGAUUCAAUUACCGAGGCAGACUUCGUGGCGAUGCGGACAGAGCGCGACAAGAGCCUGAACGCACCACGACUGCUACAUCCCUCGCUACAGGUAAAUAUCCGCGCUGGUCGGCUUCCGAGGCCGAUGGAGUCUGGGCACCGCAUGCUUCAUCUGCCCAUGAAGUUGAACGGGAUAGAUUGGUAG